CAGUUCUGCGGGAGCAGCGCGCAGCAGACGACGGCGACGACUUCGCCUCCGAUGAAAAGAACGGCGGCGCCCCAUUCCCCACGUUAAUGUGUUCCGUUUUCAGCUUCCCAAAGUUCGGUUUCUUUUUUUCCCGCCAUGGCCGGUAAGGUGAACGAGAAAAGUUACAUCCUGCAGUCGAGCUAUAAUUUUUCGGAGGACCAGGGCAGCAGCGUCGAUUCGAACGAGAAUGCCUUCGACGAUAUGAAACAGUUGAUCGCGGAGGAGGAGAACGAGAACAGGUCGAGUCUGCCAAGGGCGAGCUUUAAUUUUAUUAAUUCCAUUAUUGGAAGCGGAGUCAUUGGUGAUUCGCGUGGUAAGUUGGACGUUUUGGCUCAUUGUCAGCUUUUAGGAAUUCCGUACGCGCUCCACCAGUCCGGUUUUGGUUUGGGUCUCCUACUGUUAGUGAUGAUAGCCUACAUUACGGAUUACUCUCUGAUACUGAUGGUGAAGAGCGGACAUAUCAGUGGAAAGUACAGCUACCAAGGCAUCAUGGAGGCGGCCUACGGAAGACCCGGCUAUAUUCUGCUGGGGAUUCUACAGGUGGUCUAUCCAUUGAUCGCGAUGGUCUCGUACAACGUCGUCGUCGGAGAUACCGUGACCAAGGUCGUUGUGCGUCUAACGGACGCAUCCCCCACGUCCAUCUUUUCGAAGCGCGAAGUCAUCGUCCUGAUCUGCACUCUCGCCGUUACUAUUCCACUUUGUAUGUAUCGAAACAUAACGAAACUCGCACACAUAUCAUUUACAAGCCUGAUCUGCAUCGGGACCAUUCUUAUAACUAUCUUCUUCAGGGUUGGAUCGAUGAGUCUAAUAGUGCCCCACCACACAAACGCGUGGAGAUUUGCCAACUGGGACAUUGUGCCCGCGAUGGCAAUCAUGUCUUUUGCAUUCAUGUGCCACCACAACACUUUCCUGAUCUACAGUUCCAUACAGGAGGCGAACGAGAAGCGCUGGGAGCUCGUGACACACAUAUCGCUGACAAUCAGUCUAGUUAUAACAGCCUUAUUCGGAAUAGUCGGCUACGCCACGUUCACCACCUACGUCCAAGGUGACCUUCUCGAGAACUACUGCUGGGACGACGACCUGAUGAACUUCAGCCGUCUUCUCUUCAGCAUCACGAUCCUCCUAACCUUCCCCAUCGAGUGCUUCGUCGUUCGCGACGUCGUCGAGAGCUCGUUCUUCAGGCACGAUCCGAACGUACCGAUCUCCGACCGAAUGCACUACGUAUCCACGCUGGUAAUCGUCGGCAUCAGCUACUUCACCUCCAUUGCGACGGACUGCUUCGGGGUCGUGCUCGAGCUGAACGGCAUUCUUGCGGCGACACCUCUAGCAUACGUCCUCCCCGCUCUGUGCUACCUGAGGUUGGAGGAGGGUUACAUUUUCUCGAGACGAAAGCUACCGGCCGUCGGGCUCGCGCUGUUCGGCAUGGUGGUUACGAUCCUGGGAGUGAUACUCCUCUGCGCCGACCUCAAUGAGGGCGACACGUGCUCGCACGGAAAGGUGAUGCCCUACUGCGCGGCGAACUUUACUCUUCGCGUUUAGCUGGGCGAUCCAUUUUAGAUCUAAUGCGUCCAUUUUGAAAAAUCUCUAUGUACUCGCUCUUUGAAAUAUCUUCUUAAGUUAAGCGGAAACCAAUUGCAUGUGACAACUUGAAAAUCGCCAAAUAGGUAUUUAUGUGAUACUACCAUAAAAAGGGAUAUUUAUAGAAAUCGUUGGGUUCUUAGACGCGUAUGCACUUAGUAAAUGAAUUCAGCCAUAUUUGUUUACCAAAUGUGUACAUUUAUUUUUUACUGUAAUUGUUGC